AUGCCCGCCCACUCGCCGCCCUCGCCAACGCUCAAGCCGACGAAGCGACCGCGCCAGGGCUCCUACGACGCCGAUGCAUCCCCGCCGACCUCCGCCGGCAUCGACCAGAGCCCGUCCACCGCCGAGCAGAAUGAUCCGAUAGCCGGCGCCGGUGCAGCCCUGGCCGCCGCCGAUAAGUCCGGAGGAAAAGCUGGCCAGAGCAGCAACUUCCGCAACGUGAGCGCAUGCAACCGCUGCCGUCUGCGCAAGAACCGGUGUGACCAGAAGCUGCCCAGCUGCGCGAGCUGCGCGAAGGCGGGCGUUGCGUGCGUGGGCUACGAUCCCAUCACGAAGAAGGAGAUUCCCAGAAGCUACGUCUUCUACUUAGAAACGCGCGUCGAGCAGCUCGAAGCGUUGCUCGCCAACCACAAUAUACCUUUCCCGCCCGCCGAGAACCUGGAGCUGUGCUCGCGCCCCGGCGCCGACAUCGCAAAAUCUAACACAGACGCUGCGCCCUCAGCGCGCUCCGAGAGCAUCGACGGAUCCGGUCCGACGAAGAAUACCAUACACAGACCCGACCUGGAGAAGGCCAAGAAGGCGGAGACGGGCGGCACGGGCAUGCUCGACAUCGUCAGUCCGUCCAAGCCACGGUCUCUGGCCUCGGCCUCGGGCGUUUCUUUCAAUCGCGUCGUCUUCGCCGCCGUACAAUACUCGGUGUCAGAUCACAACGGAACCCAGGACCGGACUGGAGGCAAAGGUCUACCCAUUGGCAGCGGGACGUCGAUGCGGGAUUCCUUCUUUGGACUUCAUACAAAACCCACGAUCCGCCCGGCCAACUUUCCCGAGAGAGACGUAGGAAUGAGACUCGUGACGCUUUAUUUCGAGCAUGCAAAUCCCCAAAUACCCAUCCUCCACCGCGGCGAGUUUAUGCAGAUGUUCGACCGGGCGUACACUAGCCCAGGCGGGCCACAAGGGCCUCGGGAGCUGUACAUGCUGAACAUGGUCUUCGCGAUAGGGUGCGGCGUGAUUGUGGGUGAGCCUGUAAAAUCCGAGGGCUCGGGUGCCGGACCUCGCAAUCCCGCAGAUGCGAACACGUUUGGCCAAGCUCAGCCGGAGGAGUAUCACGCGAGCGCCAUUGUACAUCUCGAGGCUUGUCUCGGCAACAGUGGCGGUGGUUUGGAGGUUUUGCAGGCUGUGCUUUUGUUGGCCAAUUUUGCUCUCCUGCGGCCUGUGCCUCCUGGUCUUUGGUAUAUUAUCGGCGUUGCUGUGCGUCUAGCCGUGGACUUGGGCCUGCACUACGAGGAUGGCAGCGACGUCAAGGAGGAGAACGGCGAUGCGAGCGAGGCGAGAAACGCCCAAUCACGCGGAAGAGGCAGACGACUGUAUAUCCGAGAUAUGAGGCGGAGGUUAUGGUGGUGCACAUACUCCCUGGAUCGCCUGGUGAGCACUUGUGUCGGACGACCCUUCGGCAUCAGCGACCAAGUCAUCACGACUGAGUUCCCCUCGCUCUUGGAUGACCAGUACAUCACGCCGACCGGCUUCUUGGAGAUGGCCACCGACUCCUCUGAGCCGAGCUACAAGCACGUAGCAUAUCAUUACUUCAAACUGCGGCUGCUGCAAUCUGAGAUUCUGCAGGUGCUGCAAUAUAACCAGACGCAGGUCGUGCGGGCUUCGGGUCAGAACCUGACCAACUCAGAUAUGCACACGCACCUACCAUCCCCGUUCCUCGUCAGGUUCGACUCCUUCCGCUCGUGGCGCAUCGACAUCGACCGCAGGCUGUACCAGUGGAAGAACUCGGCGCCGACAAGGGAGGAGACGGGCGUAGCGUUCUCGACCGAGUUCUUAGAGCUCAACUACUGGCAGGCCAUCAUCAUGCUCUACCGCCAGAGCCUGAGCGUGCCCGCCUUGUUUGAAGGCGAGUACAACACCUCGAACGAGGUGAACAGUCCGACGGCGUUCCAGGCGGAACUACGGGAGGACGAGGACAGGAUCUACCUCAAGGUGGCCGAAGCCGGGCAGAAGAUCCUGCGUAUCUACCGCCAGCUUCAUUUGAGCGGGCUGGUUAGUUAUACCUAUCUUUCGACACACCAUCUGUUCAUGGCCGGCAUUUCAUACCUCUACGCCAUCUGGCACUCGCCCAUCGUCAGAAGCAGGCUGACUAUGGACGAAGUAGACUUCACCAUUUUGGCCGCCAAGUCGGUCUUCACCGACUUGAUCGACAAGUGCCCGCCCGCCGAGACCUGCCGCGAUGCCUUUGACCGGACGGCAAAGGCCACCGUCAAGAUGGCUAACUCAACCGGCGGCUUCAACUCGGUGCCACCGCGCAAGAUGCGCGAGAACAGGUUCGAAUGGAGCUCCGCCUCGGGCGAUGGGACAUCCACGUCGGGUGCUAGCGUUCCCCGCCGCCGCCAACAACACCAAGGACAACAGAACAACUACCAAAUGGACAUGGCGCUAUCCGAUACUCUCUCAUCUCCCAGCCUUUCUGUCGCCGGAGAGCUGCCUCCUCGCAACUCUCCGCGCGCCGCUGACUUCAGCCUGAUGGCCCCCAGUCAGGGAAGCCCUUCAGAUAUUGACCCCUCCUUUGUGGCUUCACCAUCGGUUCCUCGCCGCGUGGCAGCCCAGCGAUCCAACAGUGGCGGCCCCUUCCUGACGCAGCAGCAGCAGCAGGGAGGGUCAUAUAACAUGAACGAGUACCCGGACAUCCAGACCAUGGAUUUCUUCCAGAGCCUGCAGGGCAACCCGAACGGCGAGCUCGGCGGGUCUGGGGACAUCUGA